UUUGAGUCGUCGAAAUAUGGAAUUGUCUGUGUUCAUUGUCUCUAUCCUCCUCUUUCUCCCUAUGCGCGUCUCCGUUUCCGCAGCUUCGAAUACUCCCUUUCUGUUCCAUCUCUUCCCUUGGUUCACGGUAUUUCUCGUAUAUUAUUCAUGGACGAAAUCGCGUAGGAAGCGACGAAGGGAAUUCGAAGCGGGUGUCGAGGACGUCGAUGGCAUCGAGAGGUUCACAUCCUCGAUUAUUACGUACUUGUCGUCAUAAUGUUCCUCGAUUAUCGCUUGCCGUC